AUGUUCACCUGGUCUGUGGAUGAAUUCCCGCAGCUCGGAGCUGGCACACAAGCGCCCUUGCUGGGCUGCUGGGCAACAAAAGCUUUCCAGGUUUCCGCAGCCCCCGUGAGCACGGUUGCCGAGGGAUCCUCAAUCGGAGGGCCCGGCGGAGGCAUCCAGAACAGCUGGAAGCCAGCCGGGUCAAAGAAGAAGCACCAGAAAGGCUGGCAGAAAUCCCCGUGGUACGGGUAUGAGGCUGGCUCCCGCCAGAACAACUGGCGGGAGACUCGCCAGCCCGGCCCUCGAAUCUAUGGUUCAUAG